AUGGAAAAUUCAUCAAAUUUUGAUGAAAGUUCUGAUUUGGGGUAUCAGCAAUCAACUUCUUCUAUGGAUCAAAAUGAUCAAAGUACUGAAUACUCUCCAUUCAGUGGUGAUUCAUUUGCAUAUUGUAGGAGUAACUCAGAGGCCUCAAACUUGUCAUCAUUAGAGCCUGUUGAUGACAAUCAUAGUUUUGCUAGUAGUGAUCUUCAACCUUCGCCGCCUUCUCGGUGGAUUGCCGCCGCCACCAUGAGAACCGAGUCUAGUCAUCAUCAUGGAGCUGCUCUUUCAAGUCUUGGAGGAAUGAAGAAGAGGAUGCAUUCACUAGAUAGUAAAUCUGAUGAUCUUGAUCUGCUGGAGUCAGAGCUUGAAAUGAUGAAGGAAAGAUUUGCAAAGCUUCUAUUGGGGGAAGACAUGUCUGGUGGUGGAAAAGGUGUAUGCACUGCAGUUACAAUCUCAAACUCCAUUACUAACCUUUAUGCAACUGUUUUUGGACAAAACCUGAAGUUGGAGCCUCUGAAGGCUGAGAAGAAGGCCAUGUGGAAAAGAGAAAUGAAUUGUCUUCUAUCUCUCUGUGAUUACAUUGUUGAAUUUGCUCCAACUGCACAAUGCUUAGAUGAUGGCACAAUUGUAGAGAUGAUGACAAGCAGACCAAGAUCAGAUAUUUAUAUCAACCUUCCAGCUUUACAGAAACUUGACACAUUGCUUAUGGAAAUAUUGGAUAGUUUCAAGGAUACUGAAUUUUGGUAUGCGGAACAAGGGAGUAUGUCGGGGAAUUCGUCUCGGUCACGUGCCGGAUCGUUUCGAAGGGUGGUUGUUCAAAGGAAAGACGAGAAAUGGUGGUUGCCAGUUCCCUGUGUUCACCCUGGUGGCCUCUCUGAUAAGUCAAGGAAGCACUUGAUUGAGAAAAGAGAUUGUGCAAAUCAAAUUCAUAAAGCAGCCAUGGCAAUAAAUAGCAGUGUUCUAGCAGAGAUGGUUAUCCCUGAGACAUACAUGGCAAAUCUUCCCAAGAGUGGAAGAGCAUGCCUAGGGGACACAGUUUACCGCUAUAUGUCUUCUGCAGACAAAUUCUCACCUGAUCACCUUCUUGAUUGCCUUAAAAUAAGCUCUGAACAUGAAGCACUUGAGCUGGCAGACAGGGUUGAAUCUUCGAUGUACACAUGGCGGCGAAAGGCUUGUUUAAGCAACUCAAAAUCAUCAUGGAACAAAGUGAAGGAUCUCAUGGCCGAAACCGACCGCAAAGACAAGAACUUUUUGUUAGCUGAGAAAGCUGAGACUUUGUUGUUCUGCUUGAAGCAAAGAUAUCCUGAACUUUCACAGACUUCCUUGGACACAUGCAAAAUUCAAUACAAUCAGGAUGUAGGAAAAGCAAUACUAGAAAGCUACUCAAGAGUUUUAGAAGGCUUAGCAUUCAACAUUGUUGCUUGGAUUGAAGAUGUUCAUUGUGCAGAUAAGUCAAUGAGAAACCAACAUGUAUAGAAACCAAGAUGUUCUUCCAUUCAUGUACUUUUGUUUUUUCUCUUCUGUAAACUAUAGUCUUUAAAACUUAGGUAGCAGAUGAUUGUAUUAUUCAAUGGUAAUCAAGUGUACCUGUAUGAAAAUUAGUUCUUUAACAUCACAUCAGAUUACUAUUUUCAUA